AUGGAAAAUACACCGGAAACUACAUUUGACUUAUUGGCAGAUAUUAAAAGAAGAUCAGAAUAUGAUAGUAUGGUGGAAGAGGCUAGGAUUAUUGAGAAUGUUGAUGAUUCAACAAAAGUUCAAUAUGUUCGUAUGAGUCCAGUAUUCCCAGCAGCGCCAAGAGAUUUAUUAACAGUUGGAUUAUUGACACAACUUGAGGAUGGUAGAAUGGUGAUGGUUAAUCAGAGUAUAGAACAUUAUUUAUGUCCAGAAUAUCAUGGGACAGUUAGACUUAAAGUCGAUUUAGCAGGAUUUAUAGUUGAACGUAUCAAAAAUCAGCCUAAUAAGUGUCGAUUAAUACAAAUAUCUGAUAUUAAUUUAAAAACAGGCUGGAUCCUAAAAUCUCUAACGUCAAUAGGAGCAAGAAAAGCAAACAAUAAUAACAAUAAAGAUUCAUCGUCAUCGUUAUCUGUUGUUAACACGGGCAAAUUUGUUAUUGCAGCAGCAGCAUACGCUUUAGUACUUUUAGCAGGAAUUAAAAAAUGGCGUAAUAAAAAUUCAAUUACAUGA